CAAUGAUGGAGCAGAAGAGCAGAGCUAAACCUGUUCCCCUCACGCCACUUCAAGGGACGUUGUUUUGCACGUUGUACACCUCAUCGCGCAUUAAAUCGAUCACCGACUUUUCCGCCGACCUUCCCUGCUCGGGUGAAAUAGGAUAUGAUCUUAAUAAACGCGCUCACUCUCGAAUCUCCCUUGCCAACCCCAGCCAAGUCGCUUUACAAAUACACCACAUUCAAUGCAGUGUAACACUGGAAAGGAAUCAAACAAUCCAGAAGAGGGUGCAGGUUCAUCUAGAAAUCAAUCGCGGGCCCAAUUUAUUCGCCCGGCGCAGAUGGGCUUAUUUUCUCAAAUCACUUGUUAUCCUCCCUUGGGGCAAGUAACGUGCCCCCAGAGAGUCCAACAAGCUCUAAAUCCCGGGAAAGAUGAUACGGUUCAAUUUACUGUCGUGAUAGAAUCAAGCCAUUCACUCCCCGAGCAGCCAUGGGAAGCUCAGAUAUGGCACAACAUCACGAGCCCUGAAUGGAGUGCUUUUCUUCUUCAGCAAAGCUCAAGCCCGGUGGUGCCUCUCAUGAACAUAAAUCAAUCAGAGUAUAAGUUUUAUCGCCAUGUGUUUUGCGGAGAGAUCCCGCUACCAUCACAUGGAGGCUGCGCACAGUUUACUGUCCGGUACAGGGUCAGUCAGGAUAACGAUUGGCAAUGGGUGAAUCAACAGCAGAACUCCAAGGAUGGAGAAUUGGUGUUUUCCGCAAGAGAGCCUGAACAAGAAGAUAUCAAUCUGGCACAGCUCUCUCUAACAUCCGCAAAGGAGGGGGUUGGCAAGUAUUUCGAUGGCCUCUCGCCUGAUCUUGAAGUCGAGUCCCGCAAAAGUGAGGCCCCUGGAUCAACUUUGUGGCAUAUUUCUGGAAAGGCUGGUCCAGCUCAAAAUAAUCAGUCUGGAUUCACUAAUGUCGUCCUUGGGGUGCCUUCUCGGACAAUGCUGUACUUUGCUUUGGUCAGGGUAUGGACUCCGUGGCUUGGACCCAGACACGGACGAGGAAAGUUUAGAAUAACAGAAGACGCCAUUCUUUGCUCGUUCCUUCGAGAUGAUGGGGAGCACGUAGUACUUCUGGCUGUUUCGGGCAUAAAUAGCGUUUUGACUGUCCUUGGGUCCGGUGAUAAUGGUGAGGUAGUGAUCAAGUCGCAGAAUGACAAUGCUACUGCAUCAGACCUUCAACUACUGGCAUCCACAGCAGCCAACUUUGAGGUAGCAAUAAGCGCAGUGAUUUAUGAGGCGCGGAAGCUUGUUCGGCCCUAUGGCACAGAAACUACUGAUCAGAUUCCAACUCCAGUGUCUCCUCCAGGGGACGAUGUCGUGCUAGUCGAAAAAGACCCCGAGGCACAAUGGCUGUCUGAGUGGUACGAUGGUCUGACAUACUGCACAUGGAAUGGCUUAGGGCAAGAUUUAACGGAAAAAAUGAUUUUCGAUGCUCUUGAUACAAUGAAGUCCCAUGGAAUCAACAUCUCUAAUCUUAUAAUCGAUGAUAACUGGCAAGCUCUAGACAAUGAAGGUGAUUCCCAAUUCAAGCGGAGAUGGAAACAGUUCGAAGCCAAUCCAGAUGCGUUUCCUCGAGGACUAAAGAAGGCUGUAGAGGCUAUCCGCCGAAAACAUCCGAACAUCCAGCAUAUCGGCGUGUGGCAUGCCUUGUUCGGAUAUUGGGGUGGUAUUUCACCCGACGGUGAUAUAGCUAAGAAAUUUAAAACGAAAGAAGUGAAGAUUAAAGAUCCAGCAGCGGGGGGUCCAAUUGCCAAGGCGUUUGAGAAGCAGUCACUACUUGCCAUUGACCCAGAUGAUGUUCAACAAUUCUAUGACGAGUUCUACAGUUAUCUUGCCUCUACUGGUGUCGAUGCCGUGAAAACCGAUGCUCAAUUCUUUCUUGACCUAUUGAAAGAUCCAGAGGAUCGGCGCAAGUUCACCCGGGCCUACCAGGAUGCUUGGUCCAUAUCCUCCCUGAGAUACUUCGGAACCAAGGCUAUCUCGUGCAUGUCAAUGUUUCCUCAGGCUAUUUUCAAUUCGCAGCUACCCACUAACAAACCUACUAUUCCACUACGGAAUUCUGAUGACUUCUUCCCAGAGGUGCCAGCGUCUCAUACAUGGCAUGUCUUCUGCAAUGCCCACAACGCACUCCUCACCCGCUACUUGAAUGUCCUACCUGACUGGGAUAUGUUCCAAACAAGUCAUCCAUAUGCCUCUUUCCACGCAGCUGCACGAUGCGUUUCCGGCGGCCCAAUCUAUAUCACCGAUGAACCGGGGAACCAUAACAUCUCCAUCAUCAAUGAAAUAACAGCCCCGACUACCCAGGGAACUACGGUAAUCCUUCGUCCUAGUCUAGUAGGCCGUACUAUUGACAUGUACCACGACUACAGUGCUGGCCAAGUACUGCGGGUGGGUACCUAUACGGGCUGGGCUCGAACUGGAAGUGGGAUUCUGGGCCUCUUUAACGUUUCUGAUCAUCGGAAGACCAGCUUGGUGUCUCUGCAAGAAUUUCCGGGUAUUCAUGAUGACUACGAUACGAAAUAUAUAGUCCGAUCUCACACAAGUGGCACCAUAACAGACCUCAUGAGGCCAAUCGACCGACACGCGCUCGUUGGGGUGGUGUUAGAAGAUAAAGGCUGGGAGAUCUUGACCGCAUACCCCAUCCAGUCCUUCACCUUGAAGCGCAAAGACUCUAGUGACACCAGCGAAUCGAAUCCUACGCACGCUGCAGUAUUAGGAUUGCUCGGAAAAAUGACUGGUGCAGCCGCCAUAGUGAGCUCUGACAUCUACGUGGAGGCGAACGGGCGCCUCCGCUUCGAUAUCAGCCUGAAAGCGCUUGGGACAUUGGGUAUCUAUAUAUCUGACCUGCCUGAUUGGAGUAUUGAGGACAACUUUAUGGUCACAAUUCUUGGUUAUCCUGUACCACGGAAGACUGUUUGGAAGGAAGGGGAUGAUGAAAAGUCCAAAAUACUGGCCGUGGAUAUCCUGACGGCAUGGAAGGAAAUGAAGUUGGAACCAGGAUGGAGCAAUGAGGUUAUUGUGCAAGUAUUCUUGGGUUGACUGCAUAUAUGCACCAGACAUAGCAGGCGAAUGUGUCCAUGUUCUAAUCCGCUAUAUUGUUACUAGACUAUUCUAUGAAUACUUGAAACAGAGA